AUGUUGCACUACUUGCGCGAGAGUCCGAGCCCCCUGUCCCUGUGCAGCGGCCCGCUCUGCGGGCACGUCAGGAACGAGGCCACCGCGAUGGCUCUGUACUAUCUGUACACCGCCACCAAGACAGACGAUAGGUGCAUCCACCAGGCGUCGUCGCACAGCCCAGCGAUCUCCAUGCUGCGGGAGGCGGCCGAUCUGAACGACGGGAUCGCCGAGUCAGCUGUCAACGACUUCGAGGUCGUCCUCUUCGGAGCCCAGCACGGUGCGCUGUCGAGCUUGGCCGAAGGUGUGAGCCAGAGGAUUUCGAACCAGCUGCAGGGCAUCUUCGAGGGCGCCAGCGUCGAAGACCCUUCGGGUGACAGCGCCGCCACCCUGGCGGCGUGCGUGGUCGGCGGCUGA